AGCUGUUUAGAUGAGGAAUUUCCUCACUGUGAUCCCUCGUCCGGCACAGAUGGAAUUCAACAACCAUUUCAAGAUCAACUGAAGCAGUGUUGCCGUAAACAAUAUAGUGGUCAAGAAGCAAGAAUAUAUCAGACGCUCCUGACCUUCAAACAUACAUGCUGGUAUACACCUCUGCUGGAUGCCUUGCAUCUAGAGAGUCUCACAGCAAUUCCAAGCCUGGAACUCACACUUUCCUCAGGUGUAGCCAAACGAAUCCAGGUUUCAUGUGAAAGGCCCAACUAUGGAAAAGUAGAGGAUGGUGAUUUGGAUGUGACUAGAAGACGCAAGUGCCCAGGCCCUAAAGUUGGCCCCCACCCAGGAACAGAUCUUUCAGGUUGCAUCAGGAUGAAUGAUGACCUAAGGAUGGAAGAGAAUGGUGUUGACCGCUUGUAUUCUGAGAGCCUGCCACAGUCCAGGGAAUGUUCCACACUGUCAUCUCCUGGACACACUUUGUCCACAGAGAGUACUGUAACUUCAAGUGAUUCUGGGUCAGAAAUUUUGAAUAUGGCUUCUGGUGACCUGGACUGUAAAUCACUCUGUGAGAAAGAGGGAGAUACAAUUUCAGCUUCUGCUAUGAUAAAGAUCACAGGCCAAAGUCCAGCUCCUGAGAAUAUUGCACUCCAAGGCUCUAUGAGUGAGGACAAAACCAUGUUAAAUUUGGAAGCAAAAGAAGAACCAGAAACAAUAGAUGAGCAUAGAAAAGAAUGUGCUGCAGGAGACACUGCUCUUUCCUCUCGUCCUGUAACCACUGUGAAAUCCGUUAACUUUAGACAAAGUGACAACACUUCUGCUAAUGAGAAGGAGGUGGAGGCUGAAUUUCUCAGAUUAUCUUUGGGAUUUAAGUGUGACUGGUUCACCUUGGAGAAAAGAGUGAAGCUUGAAGAAAGAUCACGAGACUUGGCAGAAGAAAAUUUGAAGAAAGAAAUCACUAACUGUUUAAAGCUGUUAGAGUCUUUAACACCACUUUGUGAGGAUGACAACCAUGCCCAGGAAAUUGUUAAGAAGCUGGAGAAGAAUAUAACAUUUCUUAGUCAGUGCACUGCACGAGUGGCCAGUAGGGCUGAGAUGCUGGGAGCCAUUAAUCAGGAAAGCCGAGUUAGUAAAGCAGUUGAAGUGAUGAUUCAGCAUGUAGAAAACCUGAAGAGAAUGUAUGCCAAAGAGCAUGCUGAAUUAGAAGAACUGAAACAGGUUCUUCUGCAAAAUGAAAGGUCUUUUAACCCUCUUGAAGAUGAAGAUGACUGCCAAAUUAAAAAACGUUCAUCUUCCCUAAACUCCAAGCCAUCUUCUCUCCGAAGGGUGACCAUUGCCUCUUUGCCCAGAAAUAUUGGAAAUGCAGGAAUGGUGCCUGGGAUGGAAAAUGACCGAUUCAGUAGGAGGUCAAGCAGCUGGCGUAUUUUGGGAUCAAAGCAGAGUGAACACCGUCCCUCAUUACAUCGAUUUAUUAGCACCUAUUCCUGGGCAGAUGCUGAAGAAGAAAAAUGUGAACUAAAAACUAAAGAUGACUCAGAACCACCUGGAGAAGAAACAGUAGAAAGGACAAGGAAGCCAAGUCUUUCUGAAAAGAGAAAUAAUCCAUCAAAAUGGGAUGGUUCUUCAAUUUAUGACACAGUAGCUUCAUGGGCAACAAAUCUCAAGACUUCCUUCAGAAAGGCGAAUAAGGCACUCUGGCUUUCUGUUGCAUUCAUUGUACUGUUUGCAGCUUUGAUGAGCUUCCUCACAGGACGAUUUUUCCAAAAGUCUGUGGAUGCUGCUCCCACACCAGAUGGGGACUCCUGGGUGUCUCUAGAACAAAUCUUGUGGCCGUUUACCAGACUCCAACACAAUGGACCACCACCAGUGUGACUAGAGCACAUCUUGAUGUGUGUGUCUUGAUUUUUAAAGUUUCAGUAUCUGAACUUCGUAAAUUAGUCAUUUUUAGCUGGGAAAUUAUAGCAUUGAACCAGAGGGUCUCAGAAGGACUGUAAGGUAUUUUACAUUCCCUGUUUCUGCGAUUUUCCUCUCUGGCUAAAAUACAAUGGGGAGGAAGCCUGCCUAUAAUUUUUAAUGAGCUUUUUGAGGAGGAGAUAUUAUAUAUUGUUUGUUAAAAUUUAUUGAAAUAAAGAACCUCAAGUCUUCCUAGAGUGAAAAGUGGAAGUCUCAGUAGGCCAAAUAUUCAUAGGGGGGAAAAAAACCCACUUUUUAAAAAAUAAAAUUUGAGUAUAAAAUGCUUAUUAAAUUUUAAUAACCUCUUGAAAUAUAUUCACUCACUACAUUUUAUUGAAGAAAUACCUGAUUUUGCUCCAAGUUGCUUGAUUCUACAUACUGCAUAAAAUUUAUCAGUGGGGAUUAAGAAUAGCUGAGUAAUCUAGUUGAGAGUAGCAUAUAGCACACAGAGUCAAUAAACUGACAGUUGGAGCUCCUAAUUUUUUCCAUUGCUUUUUUGGAAGCAAAAUCCUUAACCAUGUGAUAUAAAGUAGAAUGAAACUCAGUUUCCUCCUGAAGGGCUUCAGAGAAUGCCUCACUGUUUUCAUUGAUCUUGAGCCUUUGCGCUCUGUCACCACUAAACAUUAAAUUGGUCCAAUUAGGUUUCUGAGUAGGUUCUUCAGUAAGGUGUUCCUUCAGCUAAAGAAAAAGAAAAUUAGAGAAAUCCAUUAAUAGUUUUUCUUUUAGGUAUUUUGGCAGAGUAUAAUUUGAACUCAGUCCCCAAAAUUGCUAAUAUAAACGAAACAUUCUUAAACCAUGUUUGUAUGGAGCUUAUCAUUCAACAGAGAUUUAUUGAGUAGCUACCAGGUGCAGGGACGGUUCGAGGUGCUGGGGAUAUAACAACAACAAAGAAAAAUACAUAUUAACAGCUGCAACAAUAAAAUCCUAUCCUCAAGUAGCUGAUAUUCAAGUGGGAGAAACACACAACACACAAGUAAAUAUGGAGGCUCAUGCUAAAACAUUCAUCAGCUUUUAGAAUUUGUUAUCUUUUUCAUCAGGCAGUAGUAAAUGUGCCAAAUGCUAAAUUGGAGGCCUGUCUCUGAGGAAAAAGUUUGUGAAUCAUAGAUAUAUUCACAUUAAAAGCUUCCAUCUGUUCUCAUGUUGAUGUAAAGAGUUAUAAGGACGCUAGCCUGAAGUCAAGAGUGUUUGAUACCAUAAUGGACAAUGAAGGCAUAACCUUUAUAUAGUUUGGUUUUAUAUCUUUGACAAAAUAAACAAAAGUGAAGUUUUAAAACUA